AUGAAAUAUUUAUUGGUAGAUGAUGGAGGGAAGAAAGGGUUAGAAGGUCGGCAUAGAAACGAGAUCAGGGACGAGAUUUUACAGGGAUUUGGAACAGUGAAUGAAAAGAAAUUGCAAUCUAUUGUUAUUGUUCACUUAGCAGUUCAGAUCCUUAACGAAGUUGAAAAGAAAACUCCUUAUAUUCUCCUGUGCCAAUCUGUCAAUGCUAUGCUAUUAAGAAUACUACCAAUAUGUGUUAUUUAA